GAGGGGCUGAGCGGUCGGUGCGCAUGCGCGGUUGCUGACUGGGCCGUUCAAUGAAGUCGAUGCCGGGGGAGAAAAUGGCGCAGGUUGCAAGUCGCAGUUUUUCACGGUGUUGGCGCAGGUUUACCGUUGCUCCGUCUCAGUUUAGUCCAAACGAGCGGGCAUUCAGCCAAAGCACAAAGACACUAUACCAGAGCAAUGGUCCCGAUCAAGUUGUGAUGCUUCCUCAAAAUCAAACAUUGAUGUUGCCUCCUGGAACAUUUAAGGGUAAAGUAGCCUUUAUCACUGGUGGUGGUACUGGACUUGGGAAAGGAAUGACAACUGCUCUCUCUACUCUGGGUGCCGAGUGCGUUAUUGCAAGUAGAAAGCUGGAUGUUUUGAAGGAGACAGCAGAAGAAAUCUCAAGUCAAACUGGAAACAAGGUCCAUUCCAUUCAAUGUGACGUGAGGGACCCAGCAUCUGUGAAGUCUGCCGUGGAGCAGAUGUCUGAAGUGGCAGGUCUGCCUGAUGUUGUAAUAAAUAACGCUGCUGGAAACUUCAUCUCACCUUCGGAAAGACUUUCUGCGAAUGCUUUUAAAACCAUUACUGAAAUAGUUCUGAAUGGUACUGCAUAUGUAACUCUGGAAAUUGGAAAAGAAUUGAUCAAAGCAAAAAAAGGUGCUGCCUUCCUGGCUAUUACUACCAUCUAUGCAGAGACUGGGUCAGGUUUUGUGAUGCCCAGUGCAUCAGCAAAAGCAGGAGUAGAAGCCAUGUGCAAAUCACUAGCUGCUGAAUGGGGUCGAUACGGUAUGAGAUUCAAUGUGAUUCAGCCAGGACCCAUUAAAACAAAGGGUGCCUUCAGUCGACUUGACCCCAGUGGUACGUUUGAAAAAGAAAUGCUGAAGAGAAUUCCGAUGGGCCGCUUUGGUACCGUGAAUGAAAUCGCCAACCUUGCUGCUUACCUGUGCAGUGAUUAUGCCAACUGGGUUACGGGAGCAGUAAUAAGAUUUGACGGUGGUGAAUAUGUUUCAAUAGCUGGUGAAUUUAACACUCUGAAAAAGGUUACAAAUGAACAAUGGGACAUGAUGGAGUCACUUAUCAGAAAAACCAAAGGCUCCUAAAAGUGCUACAAUGCAAACAGAAUUUAACAUGACACAUCACACAAGAGUGUUAUGCCAGUUUAAGGAUGGAAGACCCUGUGGCACUUUUUGAUGAUUUGUAGUUGAUUCGAUUUUCAAAAUAAUUUCCUUGAAAUCCAAGUCGAAAAAUCUUUAAUUGGAAUGAUAUUCGUUGGAGAAUCUGCUUGCAGAGUUAAUUGCAACUAUAUUUUUAAUUGAGCAGGAGCAGCAGUUUUGCUACUCUGCUUGGUGCAAAGUGAGGCGAAACAAUCCUGAAAACAUUUCAGGAGCAAUGUGUUGUAGAAUAUUACAAUCACCAUUAUAUACAAUCACCUUCAUAUAUGAUGCAUGCGCAGUGGGAAUAAAGGAUGAUUCUUCAAAUUGGUAAACUCAGAUUUUUUUUGGGGGGAAAAAAAGAUACAUCAAUAAGAUGGAGUUUGAUUUUUAAAACAUGUCGGGUUUAUAUAGACAUUUGAAAGGAGUUGGGUUGUAGAACUAUUCAGCAUGAAUACAGGACCUUCGGUCUAACUUGUCCAAAACAAACAAGUUGUCUAACCAAGCUACUAGUUCCACUUGAUUGCACCUGGCCCAUAUCCCAUCAAACUUUUUCUAUCCAUAUGUCCCUUGAUUGGCAUAAUUGUACCUGCCUCUACCACUUCCUCUGACAGCUUGUUCCAUACCCAUGUGCUCUAAUUUAGAGUCCCCUACCUUGGGGAAAAGGCUGUGACUAUUCACCUUACGAUUUUGCAAUGUCUUGUACAGCUGUAAUAUGAUAACCCAACUCCUGUAUUCAGUUAAAAAAAAGACAAAGUGCUGGAGGAACUCAGCAGGUCAGGCAGCAUCUGUGGAAGGAAUGGACACAUGACGUUUAAGGUUGGGCACCUACAGACUGCAUCAAACAGUAUGAAGAAGGGUCCCAACCCCAAACGCCAUCAGCUCAUUCCCUCCACAGAUGCUGUCUGACCCACUGAGUUCCAGCAGCACUUUGUUUUUUUGCUCAAGGUUCCAGCAUCGAAGCUUCUGUACUAUCUACCUCCGUUGACAGGGCUGUAAUGUUAUAUUUUGAAUAAUUGCUUCAUUGCCAAUUUUCAAUUUCAAAAUACCAUGUUAGGCUGCGUUUCAAAGCCACCGUCCAACACAAUGGUAAGAUGCUGUAUCAUUAUAGACUUCUUAUAAUCUGGAACGGAUAUUAAACAUACAAUGCAGUAGUGGUGACGUUUCACGUGUAAAGAUGGUCUUUUGUCAAUUUACUUAAACUUUCCUGUUUAUUUUCCCUGAUUUUAUUCCUGUAUCCUCAAUCUCUGCAUUUUCAGCUCAUCCAUGAUAAUACCCCAUUUUAUUUUUAUGUCAAAAAAAGCAAACAAACAAAAAACACUACAUAUAACAUUUUCUAGUUUGUUAAAGGAAUUAAAUGCUUUCAACUCAUCAAUAAAUUAUGAAGAUCA